GGCGUGCGAGUCGCCGAGGCCACCUGCUUUCCGUGUCUCUUUUGCCUGGCCUCCGGUGUCUUCUUGCGCGGCCACGUCGUCGCCCGCUGGAGCGGUGCCUUCCCCGCCUUUGCAGUCGAGUUGCAGCGACCCGGCAGGGCAGCGUAGCGCCCGUGAGGCGGCCCCGUCGACCAGGGGUUUCCCGCACGCGCGGCCUGGCAGCCCGGCGCUCUUCGCCCUUCCCGGCCCGUCGGGGGACCCCCGACUUUCCCCUGGACAAGCGUGGCCUCCGAGGGCAUGAAGUCCGGGCCCAGCGCUUUCGAUUCUCGGAGGAGCCGGGCCUGGGGGCCGAGGGGGCCGUGCUGGAGGUCAGCGUCCCGCAGGUGCUGCAUCUCGAAUAUGGAAUGUAUGUUUGGCCCUGUGCGGUGGUCUUGGCUCAGUACCUCUGGUUUCACAGAAGAUCUCUGCCAGGCAAGGCUGUCCUAGAGGUACAAGUGCUCUUGAGGCUUCCUGAAAUGCUCUGUUCAGAUUUGUCUAUGUGCUUGUUACUGACUUUUGUUAAAGACUUAAAUCAGAUUGGAGCUGGAGUGAGCCUUCCAGGAAUUAUGGCUGCAAAAUGUGGUGCUGAAGUCAUCUUGUCGGACAGUUCAGAGCUGCCUCACUGUCUAGAAAUCUGCCGCCAAAGCUGUGAAAUGAAUGACCUGCCACAGGUACGCGUCAUAGGACUGACAUGGGGCCACGUGUCUCAGGAUCUUCUGGCUCUACCAUCACAAGAUAUUAUACUUGCAUCUGAUGUGUUCUUUGAACCAGAAGAUUUUGAAGACAUCUUAACUACAGUCUACUUUUUGAUGCAAAAAAACCCCAAAGUCCAAUUGUGGUCCACUUACCAGGUAAGAAGUGCUGACUGGUCACUUGAAGCUUUGCUCUACAAGUGGGAUAUGAAAUGUGUCCACAUUCCUCUGGAGUCUUUUGAUGCAGACAAGGAAGAUAUAGCAGAAUCUGCCCUCCCAGGAAGACAUACUGUUGAAAUGCUGGUCAUCUCCUUUGCAAAGGACAGUCUCUGAAUUACACCUACAUACAGGCUGUUCUCGGACAAUGUCAAUACUAAUCAGCAACCUGCCAUGCCAACUAAGACUCAGACCACUUUAGCUUCUUGGGAAUACAAGCAUUGAAUUUGACGAUGGUCAGAUCUGUUGGCCUUUAAGAUUGUGAUGGAUGACCUAGACAAUACUCACAGGUUACAAAGCCAUGAAAACAAAAAUUAACACACCUGUUUAAAAAAAAAAA